UUACUUAACACUGGUGAUAUUUGGUGGUGCUUUUUCUCUUCAUUCCGGUGGUAUAAAAUCGACAAUGCUUCGUUUUGCUGCAGGCCGUGUGCUGGGCGGACUCCGCAGUGCCGCCGGGCUGAAGAGCAGCCAAUCGAUGGUUGGUGCCAUGGUUGUGCGCCACUCGCACAGCAACGAAACCGAUGAAGAGUUCGAUAGCCGCUAUGAGGCAUACUUCAACCGGCCGGAAAUCGAUGGCUGGGAGGCACGCAAGGCCAUGAACGAUCUGCUCGGCAUGGAUUUGGUGCCGGAACCCAAAAUCAUCGUGUCCGCGCUGAAGGCCUGCCGUCGUCUGAACGACUUUGCCCUGGCCAUUCGCUUCCUGGAGGGAGUGAAGGACAAGUGUGGCGACAAGAAAAACGAAAUCUACCCCUAUCUGCUGCAGGAAAUCCGCCCCACCCUGACCGAGCUCGGCAUUGACACCCCCGAGGAAUUGGGUUACGAUCAGCCAGAGCUGGCUCUGAAAUCGGUGUACGACAUGCACUAAAUUCGUGUGUUUAGCUUCUUCGUAAGUGUAUGGUGCGUUGCCUCUGCCACCCUCGGUCGGACAGAUAGGCUUAGUCGUGGUCGUUUUGUCAAUAAUAAAUGAAUACAAAGCCAGCUGUUACAUAAUUGGA